AAUCCCCCAUUGCUCCCUCCCCACAUCAUGUUUGCUGCCAGGCGAUCAGUAGCUCCGGUGAGGCAACUGCUGCGUCACCAGCCUCGUCGAUUUGACUCGCAUGCCGCCCAUCAUGCUGCUCCCGUGAACGAGAGCUUCGGACGCAGCUUCUAUGUGACUGUUGGCACGUUCGCAUUCGGCUACGUCCUUUACCGAAUCCAUAAGUCCUACGUGGACUCCGACUCGACGUCGUUCAUUUCCAACCUCAUUGCAAAAUGGACACCGGAUGAGAAGAUCUUCGAGGAGAGAAACGCCGUACACACGGUUCUGAUGGAGAAGGCCGCUCAUGAUCGUCACUUGUUCGAAAGCCAAGGCGGCGGUCCCUCCAUUCAGCUGAGAACGCCCGAGCUUCUCAAUUCAGGCUCGCAGAUGAACGUGACACCCGGCUUCAGGCCCGACAUCAGCGCAGUUGCUGCACACUACGAGCGGCAGAACCAGCAAUUGGAGGAGGCUCGUGUUGCACGGAUGAAAGAUGGCAAAGUUGUUUCUCCUUACGAGUAAGGGAGUUGUUGGUAAUAGACUUGUGCAAUGAAGACCGGACGUGCUGUAUAUGUACAUAUGCGAGGAAAGAUGGUGCGAGCAAUUCAUUACUUU